AGCCAGCAACAAAACAUCUUCUACAAUACCUUACUGGUUACCCAGAAGCCAAAAAUAUAGUUCCCUUAAAGCAAUCCAGACUUGGGCUCCCACCCAGACAGCCAAGUCAAAUACGUGGAAGAUUACUGAAAAUCUUGUUCAAUAUAUAUAAAGUUCUGCUAAUCCCAACGGAUCGGACACAUUACCCGUCAGUUUCAGCAAAAUAUCUGGUGGAGUUCCUGGAGCCAUGGCUAGCGCUGACAUCAAACCAAAAUCUAUAAGUCGUGCCAAAAAAUGGUCAGAUGAGAUAGAGAAUCUAUACAGAUUUCAGCAAGCUGGAUACAGGGAUGAAAUUGAAUAUAAACAAGUGAAGCAAGUUGAUAUGGUGGAUCGUUGGCCAGAAACAGGAUUUGUGAAGAAACUUCAAAGAAGGGACAAUACUUUCUAUUAUUACAACAAGCAAAGAGAAUGUGAAGACAAAGAAGUCCAUAAAGUGAAAGUUUAUGUUUAUUAAUUUUGUUAAUCCCAACUACAGUGUUUUGUUUUUGUUUGUUGUAAGUAUGUUGCUUUAAUCUAUUUGAUGUUUAUAACAUGUAAGAAAUUAAACAAGGUUUCUGAACUAAUUUGUGCUGUUUUUAAAGAUAGCUGAACAUAUUAGGGGGAGGAGUAGUAAUGUAUGUUCAGCACUGGAUUUUCACAGAGCUUUUGAUGAGGUCCAUAUAAUUAGAAGUGCUAAUCAUUAUUUAGUGCAUUACAUCUUCAAUGUAUUUUACUGACAGUAGCUAACUAAUUCUAACCACAACCAUGGGACAUAGGUAAAUGUUAUUAUCAUCAGUUUACAGAUGGGAAAACUGAGGCAGAAAAGUUAAGUGACAUCCACAGGAUCACGAGGGAGUCGAUGUCAGACCCAGGAUUAGUAUUUGUUAAAGGAAACUGAAUGACCUGGGAGUAGGGGCCAAAACCAUGUUAUGGAUUAAAAACUGGUUAAGUGAUGGGAAACAGUCAUCAUAAAUAUCUUUCUCUCUUAGCAAAGAGGGGUAAAUAGUGAAGUAUCCCAUAGCUCUGUGGGGUUUUUUUAUUAAUAUAAGUAUUAAUGACUUAAAGGAGAAAGUAUUUAGUGAAUUGGUAAAAUUAGCCAAUGAUACAGGAUGUUGGACAGCAAAAACUAAAGAGGAUUAUGAGGAGUUAAACACAUGGUGGGAUGAAGGGAAUAUUGGGCAGCAAGGUGUCAGGUGAAAUCUAAUAUCUUUUUGGAAGUACAUCAAUUAUAAUUCUGGUUUUAGUGACAGAAAGAGAUGGGAUUAUAUUGGUAGCAGCUAAAGAGUAAAUGGAUUAGUAUUUUUCCAGACCUAAACACAACAAUUUUGAAUAGAAGAGAGAGAUUUGUGUCUCUGUGGUGUGGUAUUAGAAGUAGAGAAGCAGAAGUGUCUGUCCUUUACCCUGAAAAUUUAAGGGCAAUGUACUAUGGGAU